AUGUUUGAGUUCUGGGAUUGGGUCGGCGGCCGGUACUCGCUUUGGUCCGCUAUCGGCCUCUCCAUUGCCGUUCACAUUGGAUUUGAUAACUUCAAAGAGUUGUUAGAAGGCGGCCAUUGGAUGGACAAACACUUCCAGGAGACCCCUUUGAAUGAGAACGUACCGGUGCUGAUGGCUCUGUUGGGUGUUUGGUAUAUCAACUUUUACGGCGCGGAGACUCUGGCGAUCUUACCUUAUGACCAAUACAUGCAUCGAUUCGCGGCAUACUUCCAACAGGGAGACAUGGAGUCCAACGGCAAGUAUGUGACCCGUUCUGGCCAUGCCGUCAACUACCCGACCGGUCCUAUUGUUUGGGGCGAACCGGGAACUAAUGGUCAGCACGCCUUCUACCAACUCAUACAUCAGGGAACGAGACUUAUUCCCGCAGAUUUCAUAGCAUUCGUUAAGACAUUGAAUCCAUUGCGCAAUGGAUUACACCAUCAAAUACUUUUGGCCAACUUUUUGGCUCAAACAGAGGCUCUGAUGAAAGGCAAGAGUAAACAACAGGCGGAGACUGAGCUCAAGAAGCAGGGAAAGAGUGCCGAAGAGAUACAACGAAUAAUCAAUCAUAAAGUGUUUGAAGGCAACCGUCCGAUCAAACAGAGGCUCUGA